GAAGAGUGUCCCGAUUGGCAUUCUGAACAUCAUAAAAAAUAAAGACACCAUGGCAUGUAUUAGCAAGGAUAAUACCGGUCCAACAGAAAAAGAGAUAGCUGUUGAAGGAACGAGACUGAUAAGUCGUACUCAAGAAAAUAAGAGGCCGGUAUAUUCUUGGAAAAAUAUCGCAACUUGUAUAGCACUACUCUUUGGUUUGGCUGGAAUCAGCUUUCCUACUUUUUUUCGAUCUACAAAUCACAACCUAGGAAAAAAACUUGGUGAAGGAGAAAACUCGGCCUUAGAGACCAUAUCACUUCUCCAAGUCUUCCCGGAAGAUUUUGUGUGGGGCGCCGCAACGUCUUCCUACCAGAUCGAAGGAGCGACACACGAAGGAGGUCGCGGCGUAACCAUAUGGGAUACAUACUGCGAGGAAGAAGGGAAUAUUUUUGAUGGAAGUAGUGGCGAUGUAGCGUGCGAUCACUACCAUCGGGUGGAGGAGGAUGUUCGAAUGAUGAAGGACUUGGGGCUAAAGGCUUACCGCUUUUCCAUUGCUUGGGCACGAAUACUCCCAAAUGGAAAGCUGGAAGGGGGCAUCAAUCGCAUGGGCAUAGCGUUUUAUAAUCGGCUAAUCGAUGAACUACUAAAAUAUGACAUUGAACCAUGGGUGACUCUUUUUCACUGGGACUUACCACAAGCUCUUGAAGAUGAGUACGGAGGUUGGCUGAACCAGAAUAUAGUUGGUGAUUUUGGCACCUAUGCGUCUGUAUGCUUUGAAGCCUUUGGUGACAGAGUAAAGCACUGGAUUACCGUGAACGAGCCCUGGACAAUGGCUGUACAAGGCUAUGAAGAUGGAACCAAGGCUCCCGGAAGAACCAAGAACCCACAGGUAGAAGUAUACUUGGCUGCCCACCACCUCCUCUUGGGGCACGCAAGGGCAGUUCGAGUGUAUAGGGAGCAGUUUUUGGAAACACAACAUGGCAAGAUAGGCAUUUCAAAUAGCGGAGACUUCCGCUAUCCUCUAGAUUCUGAAUCUUCACUGGACCGAGAUGCAGCAGAACGAGCAAUGGUAUUUCAAUAUGCAUGGUUGACAGACCCGUUGGUGUUUGGGGAAUAUCCUCUCGAAAUGCGAGCUCGGUUGCGCGAUAGAUUGCCAGAGUUCACCAAUUCACAACGCCAAGAGAUAAUUGGUUCUCUUGACUUCAUGGGUUUGAAUCAUUACUCUACAUUGUAUGCAUCUGUUAAGAAAGAAGCAUCAAUAUAUGGAGGAUAUUGGACUGAUAUGGAUGUCGAAUUUUCUGGUGAUCCCUCAUGGCCAAAGAAUUUUAUGGUAAGUUUUUCAAAGAUCUUGUCUUGUGUAGCUAAAUUUAGAUCUAAUUAUUGUGACUGACGCUUAUUGGGCCCAAGGGUUGGAACACAAACCCAGACGGAUGCAGAGAAUUACUGUAUUGGAUAUCAACACGUUAUCCCGGCAUACCUAUCGUCAUAACAGAGAAUGGUACGGCUGAAGAUGAUCGCGACCUAGAAGGAGCUAAAAACGACGAAGGUCGCAGAAAAUUCUUUGAGGGAUACAUUCGAGCGUGCAGAGAAGCCAUAGAUAUGGGUGUUCAACUAGAAGGCUACUUUGCAUGGUCUCUGAUGGACAAUUUUGAGUGGGAAUAUGGCUACACAAGACGAUUCGGUAUCUGCUAUGUCGACUACGACACAUUGAAAAGAACACCAAAAUCAUCAGCGCUUUGGUACAAGAAAACUAUCGAGACUCGUGGAUCGAAUAUUCGGAUGGCUUAAACGAAACAAUUUUGUAUUAUGAUGUUAGUUUAUCAGAAGUAAACUCACAAUGCGUUGUAGGUUUUUCUGACGCUAGAGUUGCAAGUGUUGCUGCUAGUAUAGUAGUACAAUAAUAAUUAUUAGCUACUAUUGCAUUGCUGUUUUAUCAUUACUACUAAUAAUAAAUUUAUAACUCAACU